AUGGCACCCUUUUCUUUUACCAAACUUUCACUAUUAGCUUUUUUAAUUUACCUGUGGCAACAUCCCAACUAUCACCAGGAUGAUGCUCGAAGACAGGGUGUGAAUGCUUCAUUACAAGUACAUAAUAAAGUAGGUAGAAAUUUAGCGAGCAAAGAAGAAGCAACUGCACAAGGGAAAAAUAAAACAACUAAAACGUUAUUAGGCAAAAAAGAAGAAGUAAAAGAAGAAAAAAAAGAAGAAAAAAAAGAAGAAAAGAAAGAAGAAGUAAAAGAAGAAAAGAAAGAAGAAAAGAAAGAAGAAAAGAAAGAAGGAAAGAAGGAAGAAAAGAAAGAAGAAAAGAAAGAAGAAAAGAAAGAAGGAAAGAAGGAAGAAAAGAAGGAAGAAAAGAAAGAAGGAAAGAAGGAAGAGAAGAAAGAAGAAAAGAAGGAAGAAAAGAAGGAAGAAAAGAAGAAAGAAAAGAAGGAAGAAAAGAAGGAAGAAAAAAAAGAAGAAAAAAAAGAAGAAAAGAAAACAUUAUUUGGAAAAAAGGGAAAAAAAGAAGAAGUGAAGGAAGGAACUAAGGAGGGAUCUGACGCGGGUAAUGGAGCCCAGAAUACUGAGGGGGAUAAGGAGGAUUCCGAUGGGACUUCCAGUGAAGACGCCAAAAAGCGAAAACCAACAUGGAAUGAUCUUUCAAUUGAGGAAAUGCGCAAACAACUGGCACAAGAGGAAACCCGUAACCAUAAGAAAAAACUUACUCCUGAACAAAAAGAAGCGUUGGACAAGAAAUAUGAGUGCCUUCUGAAAAAGUUAUUAGAUCGGGAGGCUGAAAAGCGAAGGAAUAGCGAAAAAGGUGCUCAGAAACCAGGACAAAAAAAAGUCCAAGAGAAAAAAGAUUCUAAUGAAAAAGGUGCUCAGAAACCAGGACAAAAAAAAGUCCAAGAGAAAAAAGAUUCUAAUGAAAAAGGUGCUCAGAAACCUUCUGAACAAGAAGACGAGGAAGAAGAAGAUUAA